GAAACACACACACACACACACACAUACACACACACAUCUCUCAGCCCGUCAUCGCCUUGCUUGGAUUAGUUUCCACAAUCGCUGUGUGUCUGGUUGACACUCACUGAUCGGCUGAGAACUGAACUUAUAUCGAUCCUGUUUAGAUCACACUGAUUAAUCCAGCACCAGUGUCAGCUCAAGUAGCAGUUGAAGAGUGUGGAAGCUAGGCUGGCUCUUCCUGGGGUGUAAGGGACUGAGCGCCUGUCAGCAUGGACGCCCAACUACAAGGCCAACAGCCACCAAUAGCACGGUUUCAACCACAGAAGCCACUUCAGCCGGAGAUGGGCUACAACAGCUUAUGCAAUUUUCACAUUGAGAAGAAGAUUGGACGAGGGCAGUUUAGCGAGGUCUAUGGGGCCAAGUACUUAAUUGACAACACUUCAGUAGCUUUGAAAAAAGUACAGAUAUUCGAUCUGAUGGAUGCUAAAGCUCGACAAGAUUGCAUCAAAGAGAUAGAUCUCCUGAAGCAAUUGAACCACCCCAACGUAAUUAAAUAUCACGCGUCAUUCAUCGAGGAGAACGAGCUAAAUAUAGUACUGGAGCUGGCUGACGCCGGGGACCUGUCACGUAUGAUAAAGCAUUUCAAGAAACAGAGGAGGCUGAUCCCUGAAAAGACUGUAUGGAAGUAUUUCGUUCAGCUGUGCAGUGCACUGGAGCACAUGCAUUCCAGACGUGUCAUGCACAGAGAUAUUAAACCAGCUAAUGUUUUCAUCACAGCUACUGGAGUGGUGAAACUGGGUGACCUGGGUUUGGGCCGCUUCUUUAGUUCCAAAACCACAGCAGCGCACUCUCUAGUGGGCACCCCUUAUUACAUGUCUCCCGAGAGGAUACACGAAAACGGAUAUAACUUCAAAUCUGACAUCUGGUCGCUAGGCUGUCUGCUGUACGAGAUGGCUGCUUUGCAGAGUCCAUUCUACGGGGACAAGAUGAAUCUGUACUCCCUGUGUAAAAAGAUUGAGCAGUGUGACUACCCUCCACUUCCAUCUGAUCAUUACUCGGAAGAGCUGAGAAAGCUGGUAGAUAUGUGCAUCAAUCCGGAUCCGGAAAAGCGGCCUGACAUCACCUACGUGUACGACGUCGCCAAGCACAUGCACGCUCUGACUCUGGCCAACUGAGUCCAUCCUCCCCCGUCUGCCUUUCCUCUCCUUGGUCUACUUUUAAAUGACGUUUGCCAGCGUUUUAUGUCUUGUAAACUGCUCAUUGGUUCCCAUUUACAGAUGUUACAAUUAAACGAGAUUAAUCUCAGAAAGCUUGUUUACCAUAGGAAGCCUUGAAUCCAGCGAUCUGCGAAGUGACUUUUAGAAGGUGGCGCUAGUUUUUUAACAGGUCUACUUCUAUAGUAAGUAAUGCUAAAGAUUCCAGAGAUUCAGUAUGUGUAUGUACUACACAGGUACAAUUUACAACCAAAGAUAGGUGGAAAAUGUUAUAUGCAAAAAAAUGUGUAACUGAAUGUGCCUAAAGACAAAGAAAUUCUGCAACCCUAAAGUUCUUUUUUUUUUUUUUUUUGCUGUUAUUAAAGCAUUUCCCAAGUUUGGUACAGAUUAUACAACGAUCCCUGAUUAAUGAAUGUAAAUUUACCACCUUAACAGAUGGGGAACUGUUUUAUUAUGUGUUUUUCUUUUCUGCAGUAAUAUUGUGAGACAUACUUUCCUUGGUCCAUUGACACUUCUAAACUAUCUUGCAGCAAAAAGUCAGUGAAAAGCUCCCUUGGUUUCUAUAAAAUCUAAUUUUAUAGAGGUUUCUAGAUCUAAUAAAACAAAGAA